AUGGAGAUCGAGCUCGCUUAUGGUGAAUCUCGCGGAUACUGGAAACAUUAUUCACCCGGGAAGUGGUUCAAACAAGCGAAAGCCGUUGGCAAGAUCAACAACGUAAAAGCUACUCUGUUAUUUGAUUCUGGUGCUGAAGUGUCGAUCAUUGACACCACCUUUGCUCGUGAGGUCGGUUGCAAUAUUGACGAAAGUCAACGACAAGAAUGUAUCGGGAUUGGAGAAACUCCGUACAUGACGGUAGGACGUACCAAGAUCAAGGUGACCCUCGCGGGAUCGCUGGUAUACUAUUUCAAUGUAUGGGUAGGCGAUCUGGCAGGGCAAGAAGCGAUUCUGGGUAUGGAUUUUAUGGUGCCUGCUGGAGUGCGGCUCGAUCUAGCGGAUGGCGCGCUAUGUCUACCAGAAGAAAUCCGCAUUCAUCUCGCAGGACGUCGCCCCGCGUACGGAUCGAAGAUACAACAUAUAACGGCGAAGGACCAACACGUGGUGAUCCCGGUCGGAGAGUCAAGGGAAGUGAAGAUCGGGAUCGGAGGGGCUAAGAUGAAGUUGUGGGUCGCUAGAGGACUAGAUUGGGUCCCCACUGUGAUCUCGGGGUGGGGUAAGACGAAAUACCUGCAGAUGACCAACAUUGGCGACCGUGAGAUCAUACUGCCCACCCACACUAUAUUAGGCAUGUGGGUCGAAGGCGAUAUGGUACCGCGAACUCAAGGUUUGGUGACAGUCGGGUCAGGGAAGUACAAGGAAUGGCAAACUCUGGCAUAUGAGGCUACGACGGAUCGAGUGAACGAACUCCCGAAAGAACCGAUCGGACCAUUGGUAGAUCGUCCUACGUAUGCCGCUCCCAAACGCAUCUUGAAACGUCCGUCUGAUGCGUUACAGAACCUGUCUCCGGCGAUCUCCACGGUAACGCCGCAAGCUAACGAUGACGAUUCGCAAAAGGCAGAUGCUGUAGUUGCGAGGGAAGUAACGGUCAGGGGAGCCGAACUAUCGCGGAUGGAGAACGGUCAUGAGAUCGGUACCCAACAUGCAACGAAGGGAGACCGCGACACCGGUCAAGAAGGGCUACGUGACAGAUCGUCUCUACCGAAGGCUGAGCCGACUGACCGACUGUUGAAAUUGGGCCAGCCGGAAGAGACGAAGGAGCCUAAAGAAGAAAUAAUGCUAAAUACUGAAGACGUCGAGAUUGCAGAAAUACCAGUUUAUCACCACGAGAGCGGAGAUUUGUUUGCGGAAGAUAUCGAGCAGCAUAUGGCCGUGCUACCAGAGAUGUCGGCGACUACGGAAGAAGUUACGAUUGAGGACAUUCAGAUCGGUGAUCCCGAUGUGCCUCUCACCACAGAUCAACAACGGCUCAGAUCGCUGAUCUGGAAGAGCCGUCACCUCCUCAUGGGUAAAGGUAAUGCUCUACCACCAGCAGCACGAGGCGCGAUCUGUGAUAUUGAUGUCGGUGGGGCAGCACCGAUAGCGCAAAGAGUGCGUCCGGUCGCACCCAAAUAUCGGGAGAAGCUGUCAGAUCUCAUCAAAGGACUAUUAGCAGCCAAAAUCGUUCAGCCAUCCACGUCACCUUGGGCGUCUCCGAUAGUGGUGAUCAUCAAGAAGAACGGAGUGGAUAUUCGCCUUUGCAUUGAUUAUCGAAGAGUGAACCAGCUGACGCGUCUGAUGGUUUAUCCCAUGCCGUUGAUCAGCGAUCUGUUGGAAGAUCUGGAUAAAGCUCUAUGGUACUGUUCGCUAGACAUGGCUAGUGGAUUUUGGGUCGUCGAAAUGACUGAACGAGCAAAACUGAUCUCAGCGUUUGUCACACCGUUUGGCUUGUUCGAGUGGCUGCGAAUGCCUUUUGGGCUUAAGAACGCGCCCCAGAUCUACCAACGUCUGGUGGACAAUGCGUUGUAUGGAUAUCUCAAGAUCGGCCAAAUAUCAGCUUCUGAUGGCCCGAUCGACGUGUUCAAAGAUGGAGAACCUGAGACAGAUCGACGACCGUCUAUACUGGGACGCCGAUCUUACAUUGACGAUAUUCUCAUACCAGCCACGUCAUGGGGAUCUUUGUACACAAAAGUAGAACGGUUGCUGGAGGCAUGUGAUAAGUGGAAUCUGUCUAUCAGCCUCACGAAGAGCUUUUGGGGGUGCCGUAAGGUCGAUUAUUUGGGACAUCGAGUGUCGAUGGAUGGUCUGGAGGCUCAGCCCAAGAACCUAGAGUCGUUGGUUAACAUCCCGUUUCCUAGCACGCUACGAGCUAUGCAAUCCUUUCUCGGGAGCUUGAACUACUACCGUCGCUUCAUUGAGGAUUUCGCGGUGUAUGCCGCGGUGUUGUAUGAGUUAAGAGAAUCGGAUUUCUUCGAGAUCGGCCGAUCUCAGCUUGCAGCAGGAGACGAAUGCUCCAACGAGGGUCGAUGGACGGAAGCCAAGGUUGCUUCACUAUGCUAA